CAAAUGUAUAGGUGGAAGCUUGACUCCGGAAAAGGAAAGAAUCAAUGGAAUCUCCGUUAAAUUUAGAAGAUGGAGAGAAAAUAGGAUGAAGCCGAUUUUUAAGGAGGAUAAUUAAGGAUAUGAUUCCAAACCCUAACCUAUCAAUAUCACUCGUCUGCAAACAAAGCAAAUGAGGGAAAUUACAUAGCAACCUCAAGAUCGAGAAGCAGGGUAACAGUAAAAAUAGCAAGAAGAAGAUGGAAGAUGAAAGUAGUAUGUGUCGUCGGGACUAACAACACGGACGUACAUGAAUGCAAAUCGUUGGUGUAAAUGGCAUGAUACUUUACUGGUAACAUGGAUUCAGAGAUACUUAUUAUGUUGAAGUUGAAUGGUACUUGGGAUUCUGCCCUUACAUUCACUCAUACAGACACUUGUUUUGUUCAUGUUCAUUAUCUAGCAACGUAUUCAUCAUUCAUUCAGAUGUUCACUCCGGUCAUUCUUCAGUAUAAACCGGAUCAUCAUUUUAAGUUGUCCUACUUGGUUGAAAGUUGUCCACCCCCUGUUAUUGUUAAUGAUGAGUUGACUUUCAGAUUUUACCUUCAGCUUAAGUGUGUCCAACCUGCUUCUCAUAAGUAUCCUUUAUGUGUAGAGUUUUUCCCUAGACAUGCUUUUACCAUUCAGCCUAUACAAUUACCUAAGCCAUCUGAACAGUCACACUUUUCUGCUAAUACUCCUUCUAUUCAAAACCUUUCUCAUGGCAUGCAAUUUUAUAAGGAUUCUGAGUUUGAUUUGGGUGAUGCUCAACAUACUGUUUCUGGCACAUCAAACCCUAUCUCUUGCACAUCUGACAUUGAUAUGAUAGAAACCAUGAACAACGCAAGCACCUCAGAUUUGGAAGACAGUGAUUCUUUGUCAGAUAGCCCUCUCCCACUCUCACCUCAACCUCAGUAUAACUUCCAUAAUGUAGAAAUCAUCACUCACCAUCAUCCAACUUGCAUUGUUCUUCAUGCCAUAUACCUGAAUAAGAGAGAGCUGAAAUACCAUUUGCAGAUGUAUGCCAUUACUAAUGGUUUUCAAUACAGAACUCUAACCUCAAGAAAAAUCUGUUUACAUGUUAUUUGUGUGGCCAAAAAUUGUAAAUGGAGUGUUCGUGCCGUGAAAUUAGAUGGCGUUGAAAUGUUUCAAAUCCGCAGGUUUGAUCCUGUUCAUGUUUGCUCCAUUGAUUUUAGGCAAGGGAAACAUAGACAAGCUACGUCUUCUGUCAUUGCAAAAUUAGUUGCUCAUAAGUUUUUGGACGCUUCUACAGUCCCAUACAAACCGAAACAAAUCAGGGCUGAUAUGAGCAUGGAAUAUGGAAUUUCCAUGUCAUAUAAGAAGUCAUGGAAAGCCCGUAAACAAGCAAUGGAAAUGCAAUUUGGUUCAGAUGCUGAUUCCUACCAAAUGUUGCCUUCUAUUGGAUACAUGCUUGAUAAGACUAAUCCAGAGUCUAAGAUUACUCUCACUAUAGGGGAUGGUGAUGUUUUUGAAUAUUUUUUCAUUUCCUUGUCUCCUUGGAUAAAUGCGUGGCAGCAUUGUAGGCCUGUUCUUAUUGUUGAUGGAUCAUUCUUGAAAGCUUAUUAUAAAGGGACAUUGUUGACAGCUUGUGCACAAGAUGCAAACAAUCAAAUUGUUCCUAUUGCAUUUGCUAUUUGUGACUCAGAAAGCAAAGCAUCAUGGCAUUGGUUCUUAUCUAAGGUGUCUGCUUGUAUUCAAUAUCGCGAUGAUAUGUAUAUUAUAUCUGAUAGGCACAAGGGUAUUCUUAGCGCUGCCCGUAAAGUCUUUCCACAUGCCAGCCAUGGAUUCUGUGUUGAGCACCUCCGGCGCAACAUGACUUCAAAAUUUAAAGGCUCUUCUAAAGAUUUGGGUUGGAAGUUUCGAGCUGCAUAUAUGGCCUCAACUGUGAAGGAGUAUGAACAGUAUUUAUCAUUGUUAGAUGCUGAAGAUGUUAGGAUGCGUGCAUGGCUUGAAAAAAUUGGAGGCCAGAAAUGGGCAAAAUGUUUGGCUGGACCAAGUCGAUUUAAUGUCAUGACCUCAAAUUGCGCUGAGUCAUUGAACAGCGUUAAUGUUUGUGCACGAGAAUACUGUGUGUCCAAACUUAUUGAUUUCUUGCAUGAAAGAAUGCAAGAAUGGUUUACCGAACGAAGAGAAAAAGCCGAAUCUACACAUACCAUAUUGUCUGAAAAAAAUGAAAAGGUUCUUGUUGCUUUACAAUUGGAAUCAAGGUGCAUGAAGGUGAAGCCAUCUUGUUCGUACGAGUUUGAGGUUAUUGAUAGAAAGUGUAGAUGCUUUGUUGUGAAUCUUAAUUCCAAAAGUUGUAGCUGUGGGCAAUUUCAAUUGGACCAUUUUGUUUGUGUGCAUGUUGUUGCUGCAAUUGGUUCUCGUCCGUGCUUAUCAUGUUACAAUUAUAUAUCUCCUUAUUACACACGUGAUAUGUUGUUGGCAACUUGGAGUGGUAUAAUGCACUCUAUUGGUGAUUCUGAAGAUUGGGUCAUUCCUUCUCAUAUUUCAAGUGUUCGUUGCAAGCCUCCUAGCUGUUUGAAGCGUCCACCUGGGCGUCCUAAAAAGUCAAGAAUUCCAUCAAUAGGAGAAUAUCGUGGUUCAAAGCACCGAAAGUGUUCUCGUUGCAAUGUUGUUGGCCAUAAUAAGAAGACUUGCUCUAAUGCUAUUCCGAUGGCCAAGAAUUGAUAGUUUUACACUUGUUUUCCCAGCUUUGGACAAGAUACAUCCUGUAAUUUUUUUACACUUAAUAAGUUGUACUCUACACUGUUUAGUAUUGAACACUAUUCUGCUUUUUAAAGCGAAGUGAUAUGUCAUUUGUUUUCUAUACAUCUUUGUUCUUGC